UAACGUGUCUCUCUGUCAUGUGUCAUAACUCAUAACCCCAAAUAAUUUCAAAUUUGUAUUUUGUGUAUUAUCGAACUAUACAUUAGGCAAAGAAAAAACUUUAUAAGUUCGUAUAAAUAUUGCUGUAAAAUUGUAUAUUUUCUAAAAAAUGGAAGAUUUUGUGUGUCCACGAUGCAGAACAUCAAAAUUUCAAAAUCCAUCCAUGAAAAUGAUGGUUAAUGUUUGUGGUCAUGGAUUAUGUGAAAGCUGUGUAGAUUUACUAUUUUUGAAAGGUUCAGGUUCCUGUCCAGAGUGCAGGAUUCCUCUAAGAAGAAAUAAUUUUAGAGUUCAAUUAUUUGAAGAUGCUGGUGUUGAGAAAGAAGUUGAUAUUCGUAAAAGAGUUUUAAGAGACUUCAACAAAAAGGAGGAAGACUUUACAUCUUUACAAGAUUAUAAUGAUUACUUAGAAGAAGUCGAGACUAUUAUAUAUAAUUUAACAAAUGAUAUAGAUGUGCUUAACACGAAUAAACGCAUAGACCAAUAUAAACGGGAUAAUAAGGAACAAAUUUUAAAGAGUAAAGGUAAACUGGGUAGGGAAGAAUAUGAAUUAGAAGAAUUAUUGGAGUUAGAAAAACAAAGGGAAGAAGAAAGGAAGAAGGUAAUUAAAAUAGAAGAAGUAGAAAUUAAGAAAAAGAAAAUUAGAGAAAAAGAAGCAUUGAUUGAUGAACUAAUGUUUUCUAAUGCUGAUGCCAAAAAUAUUGUAGACACAUUUGCACAACAAGCUCAACAAGCCAAAGAAGAGGAGUCCAAAAAAGUUCCGCAAAAAGUGUCUCAAUUUUCAACAGGUAUCCAAUUUGGCCGUCAAAACCAAUCUACAUUUUUACCUGUACCAACAGAUGAUGGUCCCUUAUAUAAAUACAUCCCUCCAGAAUUCCCUACAGAUGGCCCAAGACCACCAAAUGAAAUUGAUGUUAUAGAGAAAAAUUUCUUGAAUCAUGUUCGAUCUGAAACUGAACAAGAAAGAGCUGGAGGUUUUAAGUCUAAUAUAGCUUGUCUAAGAGCUCUCCAGGAUGCUAUGAUGGGACUUUUUCACUCUAAGAAAUCAGUUGUAUUAUAAAGAAGUACCUAAUUUAUUAUUUAUUUUUCUUCAACAGGUUCACUGCUAAUGCCCAAACCAAAUAGUUACCUGGUGGCUGACCAUUUUAUUUAUAACUCUCAAAGUCAACAAGCAGAAAUUUAAAACAGGGACUUAGGUUAGGUAAUGUUUUCCUUUCACCAUGUGGUAAACCGAAUUAAAACAGUUCAACACUUCUGCUAAUAGAAUACUAAUAUAUGAACAAAUAUAUUACAGACGACGCAGAUCCAACCCUUAAGCACACAGCAAAAAAUGGCUAGAAUGCAGAUUCGUGCGGUUAACAUUGAACUUGUUAAAAUAUUGAUAUUUAUUAUUUCCACUACUAUGUCAUAUUAUGGAGUGAUCCAAAAAUGUUUGUGAAGUAGGCCUUGGCCAAAAACAAGCAUAUCAUACCAUACAAUAAUUACUAAUUUUUUUUUUUUAAUUACUGUUUGGAUUCAAUUAGUAGUUAACAGGGACAUGACUCGUUUGUCUUUAUUGGUCAUGGCCUAUUUUAGAAACAUUUUUUUUGUGGAUCAGGCA